AUGUUCGAUGGGAAGACACGCUCCUUCUCCAUUACCAGAAAGGCUUUCCCUGAAAGUAAAUAUGUCCUCCCUGUCCCAAUCUCCCGCCUAGCCCACCGUCAUCUCCCCCUUCUCCUAUCCUAUGCAACCGUCUCAGGUCUUUUGCUCAAGGUACCCUUGCUCCACUCUGUCCUUCGCUCACUCUCCUCAGGUCCUGUCCCAUCUCUCUCCCUCUCAUUCCUCUCCCUACUCCGCCGGUCUGGCUACAUGCCCAUCGAUAACUACUCCCUUAGCGCUGCUCUUUCUACCGCCGCCCGCAUGCCCUCCGUUGUUGUUGGUGCCCAGCUCCAUACCCUUUCUGUGAAACUCGGCUUAAGUUCUGAUAACUUUGUCCUUAAUACUCUUAUCAAUAUGUACUCGUCUUGUAGUUAUCCAUCUACUGCAAGAUCAGUUCUUGAUUCUGCUCCCAAAGGAGCCUCUGAUACAGUUUCUUGGAAUACAAUCAUUGCUGGAUACAUACAUGCUGGGCUGCCUAAUAAGGCAUUGCAGGCCUUUAGCCAAAUGGCCAAGGCGCAAGUUAUGCUGGAUGAAGUCACCUUGCUGAAUGCUCUAGUUGCUUGUGCAAGGACAUGCAUGAUGAAGGUCGGAAAGCUCUGUCAUGCAUUACUUGUGACAAAUGGUUUUGAGAUUAACUGUUAUAUGGGUUCCUCUUUGAUUAGUAUGUAUGCAAAGUGUGGGCUGGUUGAAGAUGCUCGCAGGGUUUUUGAUGGAUUGCCUGAGAGGAAUGCGGUUUGCUGGACCUCAAUGAUUUCUGGAUAUACACAGUUAGGUCAGUCUAAAGAGGCUGUUAAGCUAUUCAGAGACAUGCAGAUUGCUGGAGUGAAAGUUGAUGAUGCAACAAUUGCUACUGUUGUAUCUUCAUGCGGCCAGAUGGGAGCACUGGACUUGGGACGGUAUGUCCAUGCUUACUGUGACAUUCAUGGUUUAGGGAAGGAUAUUUCUGUGAAAAAUUCAUUGAUUGACAUGUACUCAAAGUGUGGGGAUAUAAAAAAGGCCUAUGAUAUAUUUUGUGGAAUGGUCAAGCGGGAUGAUUUUGCCUGGACAGUGAUGAUAAUGGGCUUUGCUGCGAAUGGCCUCUCUGGUGAGGCACUAGAUUUGUUUGCGCAGAUGGAAGAAGAGGGUGAAGUCAUGCCGAAUGAGAUAACUUUCUUGGGUGUCCUAACUUCUUGCAGCCAUGGAGGAUUAGUUGAACAAGGAUACCAUCACUUCCAUCGCAUGUCCAGUAUUUACGGUAUUGCCCCAAGGAUUGAACACUACGGAUGCAUGGUUGAUCUCCUGGGGCGUGCUAAGUUAUUGGCAGAGGCAGAACAGUUCAUUAAAGAGAUGCCUAUCGCUCCUGAUGUUGUAAUGUGGCGGUCGUUGUUGUUUGCCUGCAGAGCCUGUGGAGAGGUGGGACUUGCAGAGUAUGUAGCAGAAAGGAUCCAAGUAUUGGAGCCAAACAGGUGUGGAGGGGACGUUUUACUUUCUACUGUCUAUGCUACCACAUCAAGGUGGGUUGAUGCAAACAAACAGCCUGAAAGUUCCAAACUCCAGUAUUUAGUUAUUUACUUGAACUGGGCCAUGGAUCGGAAGAAUCAAACUCCACAGGGUCAAAUUGCACAAGUGAUUGUUGAAUUUCUAGAGGUAGCUGUCAGCUGCAUUGUCUUCCUCAAAGGUUUCUAUCCCACUUGUGCAUUUGAGAGGAGAAGGUACAUGAAUGUAGUUGUCCAGAAAGCUGUGCACCCGCAGCUUGCUGACUAUAUCCACUCUGUGACUACUGGCCUUCUACCUUUCAUACAAAAGGGACUGGUUGAGAGGGUUGUGGUCAUCUUCCAUGACAAAGAUCACAUACCACUGGAGAAGUUUGUGUUCAAGCUUGCAGUCAACCAGUCCUAUGGCUCCGAGUUAGAAGAAUCCAGCCUGGAAUUUGCUCUGCGGGCGUUCUUGAUCAAACUGACCGUCGCUGGACCUCUCACAAAGCCCCUUCCGUCAGAUAGCAGCUGGGAGAUCACCGCCUACUUCCGAUCCCUCCCCGCGGAAGAAGGUGCGAAGGACAAGGAGGAGGACGAGGCUCGGCUGUGGAUCCCCACGGACACCAAGGCGUGGAUGCAGCCGCCGCAGAUAACCCCCAUCAAGUCAAUGGGGUGUGAUCCUUUGAAGAUGCAGCUCUACCUAGAACAACCUGGACCAUCAGCAGACGCAGAGGAUCCUGCUUCGUAG